UCUGUGAUUGAAAGUCAACUUAACCUAAACCUAACCUAACAUCUAACUUGACUUCUUAAUCUUCAUGUACUUCAAUAUUUAUUUUUAGCUAGAGUUUAAAAACAUGAAACAUUUUGAAAAGAAGUGUCCUUUUAUUUGUUAUGAAGGUGAAAACGGUUCCAAAAAUAUCGACAUUCUUCCAGUAAUGAGAGGAUUGAGUGAUAUCGGAGACUUCAGCAAUGAAAAUUUAAUUAGUAUUCUUAAGAAUAUAUUUGAAAUUGAAAGGCUUGAUGAUGGCAGUCCCAAAAUGUUCCUGGUUUCAGAGGAAGUCAUCAAGUUUCUGGAGGAUAAGUUGAUAACAUUUCUCCCACCUGAAAACUUUUCGGACUCACAAUAUACUUACUGAAAUUUUUAGAUCCUUGAGAAAUAGUUCAUCCAACGCUUCAAUCCAGAAUUUUAUUAACGAGAAAACCAGGAUUUUAAACGCCUGCAAAGAACUGUUUCAGAGUUUGGAUUGGAGUCAAACCUGUACAAAGAUAAUGUUACAGUUCCUGAUGAAUCUGACAACUUCCAAUAGGAAAGUCACUCAAAGAAUAAAAGAACUAUUUUAUGAUGACAUAAGAAAAAGUUUUCAAAAAAAUGUAUGUUUAUAUGAGUGUUCUGCACUGUUGUAUAACAUAUCCCUCUUCAUAUCCAUUGGUGAUCAAGAAACUGUAGAAAAAAUAUUAGAUUUAUAUGGAAGUGAAGAGCAUAAUGAAUUCUUGUGCUUUUUCCUAGAAAAUAGUAUUUCCAGCAGUGGAUUGUGGACGAAUUAUAUCAAUUUGAAGUUAGAAAAUCGAUUGAAAAUCUUGGAUUUUCUCAAAGAAAUGCAAAUAGAAAAUCGGUUACAGGUCUUACCUGACAUAGGAUUGGAGAUUUUGAUACAGAAGUUUCUAGAAUGUGGAGAGGUACUUUUGCAAAUCAAUGGAAGAAAUUCAUUAGAGGUUUAUGAAAUAUCUUCAUCAUUGGAAAUAUUGUCUUCACUUUCCAGUAAAGAAGAAUAUCUGAAAAAGUUGCAAACCAAUAAAGAUGUUUUGGUGAAUGCUGGGGCCCUGCUUAUCAAUAUUCAUAGAUUGGGGAAAGUAUCCAACAAUUCUUUUACUCCGAUUCAAAAAAUAUUCGUAAACGGAAGCGAGAAUAGUGAGCUCAAUAUUGAUCCUGUGUUUGGCUUCAAAACAGAUUUGGUCAGGCUCAUAGGUAAUAUGUGUUGGAAAAAUUUUGAACUUCAAAACUUGGCACGAACAGCAGAAAUAAUACCUGUGAUUCUUGAUUCAUGCAACAUUGAUGCUAAAAAUCCAUUUAUUAUGCAAUGGUGUAUUCUUGCUAUAAGGAAUUUGUGUGAAAAUAAUAUUGAGAACCAGAAAGUGAUUGCAGGUUUACAUCAAGAGGGCACUGUUAGCAAUGAAGUACUGGAUGAAAUGGGAAUCGCUUUGCAUACUGAUGGUAAAAACCAACUCAAAAUCGUAAACCUGGAGUCGCUAAGAAAAUAGUAUAUGAUUUUCAUUUCUUAUUUGAAUAUAAAAAUUGGAUUUAAAAA